AUGUCCCGUCUGCUGCACGCAGAAGAGUGGGCUGAAGUGAAGGAGUUAGGAGACCACCACCACCACUCCCAUUCCCAACAUCACCAUAACCAGCAGCAACAGCAGCCGCAACCAGCUCCGAAUCUUCCCGGGAGAGAGCACCAAGGCUAUCCUCCUGGGCUGUCGCUCCUGGACAGCACCGAUCCACGCGCCUGGCUGGCUCCCACUUUGCAGGGCAUCUGCACGGCACGCGCCGCCCAGUACUUGCUGCAUUCCCCGGAAUUGGGUGCAGCCGAGACCCUGUCCCACCACGACGAGGCAGAUUCAAGGGGGGACCUUGUGAGAAGGAGCGGCAGUAACAGCAGCCCCAGCAGUAGCAGCAGCAGUAGCAGCAGCAGCAGCAGCAGCAGUAGCAGCAGCGGAAGCAGCAGCGGGAGCACCAGCAGCCUCAGCAAGAGUCCUGGGUCGAUGAAAGUGAGGGAGCAGUUGUGCAAGCUGAAAGGUGGGUUGGAUGAACUCAAUUGCAGCAGGCAGAGAGUCCCUUCCAGCAAGCAGGUGAACGGGGUACAGAAACAGAGGAGGCUGGCUGCCAAUGCCAGAGAAAGGAGAAGGAUGCACGGGCUCAACCACGCCUUCGACCAGCUUCGCAACGUUAUCCCGUCCUUCAAUAACGACAAGAAGCUCUCCAAGUACGAAACUCUGCAGAUGGCUCAGAUCUACAUUAAUGCCCUGUCCGAUUUACUGCAAACACCUAGCGGUGGUGAGCAGCCAUCUCAGCCCCCAGCCUCUUGCAAAAACGACCACCACCACCUCCGAGCAUCUUCCUACGAAACGAGUGCAGGCGCGGCCAGCACUUCUGCAGUCUCCCCUGUCCCGGGAGGUGGACCAAGACCAUCCCCGCAGAGUAAUUGCAGGACACGCUUCUCGGCCCCGACCUCUGCGGGAGGUUACUCCGUGCAACUGGACGCUCUGCACUUCUCAUCUUUCGAAGAAACCGCUCUGACCGCUAUGAUGGCUCAAAAGACUCUGUCACCUCUGCCAGGAGGCAUCCUGCAGCCGGCGCAGGAAGAAAGUAGCAAAACUUCUCCCAGGUCCCACAGAAGUGAUGGGGAGUUUUCCCCUCGUUCUCAUUACAGUGACUCGGACGAGGCAAGUUAGGGAGGUAACAGUUACAACUGAGUAAACCGAGGCAGAAACAAAACCAGAGUGGACUCUAUCAGAAAGUGGGAAGGGUGUCCCACUUCUGUUGUUGCUACGUGAUUUGUCAUUAUCUAGCAACGACUUGUCUACAUUUUUCAAAAUUUGGUGAAUUUAUAAAUGCCCCCCCCCCUCAUAUUCUUGGUGAAAAUUGGUUGUUAACGUUGUCUCCUUUGUCUCUACCUUCUGCCCCUUUGUAGAUAUAUACAAUAUGUAUAUUUUUACAUCAAUAGUCUAGUUCCCGGCUGCCAACGAGUUGCUUAAAAUCAGCAGCUUCACUUCCAUUGCUAAUUUGGGUUUAAUUUAUUUUAUACCCUGGGCAUUCCUGUUUUUCCGCGUGCUCUUGUGUGGGCGGUAGUCUUCCGAAGUUAUAUUCCUCAUUUUCUAAAAUGAAAAACAAGAUACUUCUAAAGAGUAUACCUUUUGGAUGUGUGUAAUUGUCAGACAAGGCGAAGCCUUGAGGUUUAUAUGUAUAUAUAAUAUAAUAUAGUAUAUAAUAUACUCAUUACGCAUAUCUCAUGUUGGUCAUGUUGGCGUCUUUAAGGAAGUUUGGCGCACGCACUUUAUCGGCCGCCACGAAUGCGGCUUCAAGAGGAAAUUUAACUGCCAACUGGAAAACCAGUUUUGAACAUAGCCACUUAUAACCUUUAAGCUCCUUACAAGUGUUUGCUUUAAAAAGAAAGAAAAGAAAAGAAAACCAAUUUAGUCGUGUCAAAAUUUUUGGUCGAUUUUAUUAGCUUCGUUGAUGUUAGAAUACUUAUUUAUUACGGAGUGUUUGCUACCAUUUCUACUUAUCUUUUCAUUUUUUACUUUUUUCUACAAGAUCAUUUAUUUUAAUUUAGAAAAGCCAACUGCCAUUGUUUUAUGAUGUACUUGCUUUUGCAAAAGAUGAAAAUAAAUGUGAAAA